AAAAUCUUCCUCACCUACACAUAGUUAUUCAAUGGAUACUUGUGGAUCUGCUUUAAUUAUUCAAGAAGAUAAUUGUUCUGUUGAUGGAAAGGGAAAUGAAAGUAGUGGAGAAAUGUCUUCCUCAAUAAAAAAUGCACAUGACAUUCCAUCAAUGUCUUCUUCACUUCCUUAUGCUUUAACCUCAAUUCCAGAUCAACCUCCAAUUGAUUUGCUUGAACCUAAUAAUGAUGGGGAAGAAAGCAAUGAAUAA